AUGGGGCGAGAUAAGGCUCCCCCCUUACUCUCCAACCCCUCCAACAUCACCCUCCCCACCCUCCAACCAAACCUCUUCUCCCUUUUCACGACCAACGAUGCCGCACCAGCCAACAACCAAUCCCCCUUUCACGCUACAGCCCAGCGCGUCUUUCCUCAUAACAACACCCGCUUACCCGAGGCUGGUCUACAGGCUUCGAUCCGGGCUAACCUAGGCCGCGCCUUCGACUUUGCCGCACCACCGCGACGCAUCCGCAGCAUACAAAGGCUCUACUUCGACAACUCCCCCGCCCCGCCCCCUCAUCCCACCAACGACUCACCCUCCGACCCCUCCAACCCCCCCGUAACCGCGACAGAACCCGGCCGCGCCUCAGCCUCCUCCUCUUCCACCACCGACAGCGAAACCAGCCAACAGGAGCGCGAGCAACAGCGUCAACAGCACCGCCUCGAUCGGCGGCAAUGGCGGCGAGAGGACCGCCAGCGCCAGCGCGAGAUUCGCCGUCAAGAGCGUCGGGAAAACCGUCAGCUACGCCAGCGCGAGAGCGACGCGCAGCAACGCGAGCGCUGGCAGAGGCGCGCGGCCGCCGCACACCCCAACUUGCCCACGCUGCAAGCGCUCAUCGUGCGUAGCCGCGAGACGAUCCGGGAUGAGAGGCGGGGGGGGAGGAACAGGGAGAGGCGGCCGGAGGCGGAGGGGCCGGCGGCGGCUUUCGAUUUGCGGUUCUUUGGGGGACGCCCACCUAAUACGGAGGCACAGAUAGCGCAAGAGCGUGCACGGACGGACGAGGCGCAGGCGGAGGCGAUGGCGCAGGAGGAGAUGGAGCGUUUGGCUGCUGCGGGAGACCCCGCCGCUAUUGCUAGUGUGCGGCGACGCGUAAUGGUGACACCAAGCCCGCCUGUAGGCUUCGGUCCGGGUUUCGUGGGGAUUGAAAACGUCCCAGGAGCGGAGGCGCCGGAUGCUGAUAUGGGUAGGGGGCCGGAGGAGAUACAGGAUCCUGCACAACAGAGGGCGGCGGGACUGGCUCCGUUGGCAGCGCGUGACGCGUGGAUGGCUGAGCGGGCGAGGAUGAUGGGGGCGGGGCCGCAGUUUGAGCGGGUGAGUAGGGAGAGGAGGGAGAAGGUGGAGAGGCAGAAGGAGGAUGCGACGAGGGAGAUGGUGGAGUUGCUUGAGAGGAUGGUGGCGAAGAAGGGGAGGCAGGAGCAGGACAGGUGGGAGGGGAGAGGGGGAGGGGCGCUAGGGAGGUUGAAGACUAGGCUUGGAGAGAGCUUUGGGGUGUUGGAGGGGGAGGUGGUCCUUGCACACCACGCUCACCAGCAUCACACCGACCCAACUGAAGCCCUCCUCGAAUACACCCGCGCCGCCGCCCGCGCCAACGCCCACGCCGCCAACAAAGCCGCUAACGCCAUGUCCGUGCCGCCCAUCACCAUCACGCCCGCCGAGAAAAAGGAGGUACAGUCCGCCGCUCGCGCCGUCGCCCUGGCUACAGAGGAGGCGCGGAUACUAAGCGCGAUAAGGCCAGGGGGGGGCGUGACGAUGGGGGGCGUGACGAUGGGGGGCGUGACGGGGGUGAUAAGGCAGCAGAUGCAGGAGGGACAGAGGGUGUUUUUCCAGGUGAUGGGGGUGAGGGUGGUGUCGGUGGGAGAGCAGGUGAUGGAUGUGCCGAGGGUUUUUAUGGAUGCGGGAGGUAUUGCGGGGGAGAUAGAGAGGCGGAAUUUGGAGGUGGAUAGGAUGAUGGGGCGGCUAGAGAGCCAGAGGGCAGAAGUGAGGAGGGGGAUGGCAGAGCUGGCGAGGAUUCAGGAGGACGCGCAGAUGGCGGAAAUGGAGCUGGAGAGAGAUCAGGCGGUAGAUGAGGCGGUGGAGGAGAUGGAGAGGCUGGGGGCGGAGCUGCAGAGGAGAACGGCGGAGGUACGGAGGCAGGGGGUCGAGCUGCAGAGAAGGAGGGCGGAGGUAGAUGGGAGGAGGAUGCUAGAGAGGAGGAGGGUGGAGCUCGAGAGGGUGGGGCGGGAGCAGGCGAGGAUGGGGGAGGCGGCGCUGCCGUCGAGAGAGGUGGAGAGGAAUGAGAUGGCAGGGGGGGCGAGGCUGGCUUUUAAUGAAGCGACUGAGCAGGAGGCGGAGGGUAGGAGGGAUAUUGCUGGUGCGGCAGAGAGGUUGAGGCCGGAGAUUAGGCUGACGCUAUUGGGGGCGGGGGGGUUUCUAGACGCGGCUGCUGAUGCGGGUAGUGGGGUUGCGGAGGGGGGACAGUUGGAGGGAGCGAGACUGGAGGAGGCGUGGAGGAGGUUGGCGGCGGGGAGGGUGGAGGUGCUUGGGGAGGUGGUGCAUGUGAGGGGGGACGAUAGGGAGGGGGCGGAGGGGGGUGGGUUUUUUAGCGUCGUUCCUGAUCUGGGGGCGGGGUUGAGGGCGGGUGUUGUUCCUGUGGUUCCUGAUGCGGGGAGGGAGGGGAGGACGGCGGCGGGGGAGAUGCUGAGGGCGCAGAUUGAUAGCCUGGUGGUGCCGGAGGACGUGGGGGAGAGGUAUCAGGAGGCGCUGGAGAUGGUGCAGACGCUGCUGAGGGGGCAUCUUGCGGAUGGGGAGGAUCAGUAG